GCCCGUCGCCUGCCCCUGGUCCCCGUGGACCACAGCGUUCCUACCUGUCAGACGCGGUGACGGUCCUGCGUGAGGACCGCACAGCCCGAUGUGCGAGUGUCAUGAACAUGAUGCACGUGAUCAGCAUCCCAUACUCGCUGAUGAAGGUGAACCCCCUCUCCUGGAUUCAGAAGGUCUGCCAGUACAAAGCAAAAGUGGCUUGUGUGAAAUCCAGGGACAUGCACUGGGCGCUAGUUGCACAUAGAGAUCAGAGAGACAUCAACCUCUCUUCCCUCCGGAUGCUGAUCGUGGCCGACGGUGCAAAUCCCUGGUCCAUCUCGUCCUGUGACGCAUUUCUCAACGUCUUCCAGAGUAAAGGCCUGCGUCAGGAGGUCAUCUGUCCAUGCGCCAGCUCCCCAGAGGCUCUCACCGUGGCCAUACGGAGGCCUACGGAUGACAGCAACCAGCCCCCGGGCCGGGGCGUCCUAUCCAUGCACGGGCUGACCUACGGCGUCAUCCGGGUGGACUCGGAGGAAAAGCUGUCUGUGCUCACCGUGCAGGACGUCGGCCUCGUGAUGCCUGGCGGGGCGUUGUGGGCCCCGCUGCACCGCUGCAGCCCCUGA